GGAUUAUUCACGUGAGAAAAUCACGUGUUAAGAUUAACAUGAAAAAUCGUGCGUGAAAAAUAAAAACACAUUUGUUAAAGCCUGGUGGUUUAUUUCUAUUUAUUCAUUCAUGCAUAUUCAUUUCUGUUUAUCUUUAUUGACUGUUUAUUAAUUAGUUUAUAUUAAUCACCUGUCUUGCUUUGACCGCAUUAAAACUUUGAGACAACAUUUUCCAGUUUUCAUAAACUACCGUCAUUGUCUCUUUCUUUCAAACAAACAAACACACACACACACACACACACACACACACACACACAGAAACACACACACACACACACACACACACACGUGCAGUAGGGAGUGAACUGGUAAAGAAUUAAGAAAGAGAUGGGAAGAUCAUUUCGUUAAAUUGUAAUUAACAUUUUUCAUGUUGUAAUAAACCUCUCUCUCUAUAUAUAAUUUUAAAGAGGUUUAACCAGAUGUAUGGAGAACAGAGGGUACAUCACACCACAUUUUAUUUCUCCUCUCACCUCUUAUCUCUCCAUUAUCCUCCACUCCAGGUGAGUUUAUCAUUCCUGCCUUCAGUCAAUGGGAAGAGAACAUGCUGUGGAAUGGUUCAGAUAGGCGGGGCCAAUGCCAAACAAAGAGAAACCCCCAGCAUUCAUCACAAUAUCUAGCCACGCCCACCCAAUUACAAUAUUGGAAAUACUGAUUACCAGUUAAAGCUUGCUAUGAGCUGGUCUCACUGCUCAGUCUCUCUCUCACACACACUCACACACACUCUCAGGACUUACUACGACAAAAUGGACCAGCUACUUCAAUUCAGCACAUACUUUUCAGCAGUGUUUAAGCACUUCGAAAAUAUCCGGUGUCCUCAGGUGAACAUGGAGAACGUCAGCUGGCUGUACAGAACCCGGGGCAGGAGACGAGCUCUGGACUCCAUGGCUCUGCUCAUUAUGAUCUCUCUGUGUUUGCUCCUGAUCCUGUAUAUCACCACGCCAGAAAAAUAUAACAAAAUCACAUCACAGAAGAUGGUUAGUCAGGCACAGCCUCUGGUGAUGGCGACUCCUAGGUGUGAACAAAACUUGUCAUUCGCUAACAUUAAGGAAUUUUCUACCUUUCCAACUCGUAUGCAGGACUUCCUGUAUUACCGCCACUGCAGGUAUUUCCCGAUGUUGCUCACCGUUCCUAACAAGUGCACCAUUCCAAAGAGGUCAGGAGAACCCUUUUUACUGCUGACCAUCAAAAGUUCACCGGAGAACUACGAACGGCGUUCGGUCUUGCGCAAAACGUGGGCGGCGGAGAGGCUACAGAACGGGAUGUGGAUCCGCACCGUGUUCCUGACCGGCACCACCGGGACAGGCUUCAAGAAGCAGAGGUUAAACAAACUCCUGAAGCUGGAGAACACGAGGUACCAGGACAUCCUGCAGUGGGACUUCACGGAUUCCUUCUACAACCUCACGCUCAAGCAGGUCCUGUUCCUGGACUGGAUGCAGAACUGGUGUCCCACUGCGGAUUUCCUCUUUAACGGAGACGACGACGUUUUCGCCAACACGGACAACAUGGUGGAGUUCCUCAAAGGGCAGAGAGAUAACAACGGAAGCAAACACCUGUACAUCGGCCAGCUGGUCCUGACCAGCCCACCUGUUCGGAACAGAAACAGUAAAUAUUUCAUCCCGGAACUGAUCGAGAAAGCCAACGUGUACGCUCCGUACUGCAGCGGAGGCGGCUACCUGUACUCCCGCUUCACUGCCAGGACCAUUCUCCAAAUGUCCCAGUCCAUCACCCUGAUGCCCAUUGACGACGUUUACAUGGGCAUGUGUCUGCAACGAGCCGGACUCCGACCCAUGAACCACCGUGGAGUCUGGGCCGACGGCCUCAUUAUUCCUUCUGACAAACUGGACAUUUAUGAUCCCUGCUAUUAG